AUGGCGACCGGCAACCAGAUGCAUAAUUUGGCCACCCUCAUGAAGCGGCUUGAGGCCGCGACAUCCCGUCUGGAGGACAUGGCAGCCUCCCUCGAAGGAGCCAAUUCUGUCAACCAUGCCAAUAAUAAUGCCCCAGCUCCUCCUCAGGUCGUAGCGCCAGAACCUUUAAAGCCGGCCCCCGCUGCGCCUCCAGCUCCAGCCGCCGAUCCAGUUCCUCCACAAAUUGAGGAUUUCGACGCCUUGAUUAAGGGCGAUGUACAGAAAUUUGUGGACGAUGCUCAAAACGUUGGAGACCUGGUUGCGGAACAGGCCAAAGCAGUCCUUGAGGCGUUUAAAGCCGAACGGACCUUCAUCUAUGUCACAACGAAAGCUAAGAAGCCGGAACCCCUGCCACCAGAGCUUAUGACAGAGCUCCACAAGGCGUCGGAUACGAUCAAUAAUCUCCGUGAAUCGAACCGGGCAUCCCCGCUCUUUAACCACCUGAGCGCCGUUGCAGAAGGAAUUGUCGCUCUGGGAUGGUUUUUUGAAUCAAAGCCGGCGACCUUUGUGAAUGACAUGGUGGCAGGUAUUGAAUAUUACGGGAACAAGGUGCUGAAAGAGUAUAAGGAGAAGGAUCCUGCGCACGUCCAAUAUAUUCAGGCUUACUACCGCGUCUUCAAGUCUUUGGCGGCGUAUCUCGGCAAACACUACCCGAAAGGCUUGACGUGGAACAACCAGAGCGGCACCGAUGCUCUGGAAGCCCUGGAGCAGGUUAAAUCCGAGCCCUCUUCCUCCAAGGCAGCGGCGCCAUCCCCAGGUCCGGCAGGAGCUGCACCACCACCGCCGCCGCCGCCGCCUCCUCCACCCCCACCUGCAGACACGCCGUCGGCUUCCAAGGGGGGUGCGCCGGACAUGUCUGCGGUCUUUGCGGAAAUAAACCAGGGGGAUGCUAUCACCUCCGGCCUCCGCAAGGUCGACAAAUCCGAGAUGACACACAAGAACCCCAGUCUUCGCGCAGGUUCAACGGUGCCCGAUCGUCCAAAUGGUCUUUCGUCGCCGACCUCUCGUGGGAAAUCGCCUGCUCCGGGCAAGAAGCCCAAGCCUGAGAGCAUGCGGGUGAAGAAGCCUGGGCGGAAGGAUCUGGAAGGCAACAAGUGGCUGGUCGAGAACUAUGACAAUUCGAGCGAGAUCGUCGAGAUACAGGCGCAGCAGAACCAAUCGAUUCUGAUCUCGCGGUGCAACAAGACGAUCGUCAAGGUGAUCGGCAAGGCCAACGCCAUCUCGAUCGACAACUGCAACGGGCUGUCGAUCAUUGUCGACUCCCUGGUCAGCAGUCUGGAGGUGAUCAAGUCGCCCAAGUUCGCGCUGCAGAUCGACGGCGUGGUCCCGACCCUGGUGCUGGACCAGGUGGACGGCGCAACCGUGUAUCUGUCCCAGCAGAGCAUGGGUCUGGAAACCUUCACCAGCAAAUGCACGGGCGUGAACAUUAUGCUCCCGCCGAAGGAGGGCACGGACGAGGACACCAAGGAGUGCCCUGUCCCUGAGCAGAUCAAGAGCUACGUCAAGGAUGGUGUAUUGGUCAGUGAGAUCGUCGAGCAUGCUGGUUAA